CGUCAACAAACUUUGUUGUAUUAAUUUUUAAAACCUUACCGUUUUAAUUUAAUUUUAAUAAAAAAUGAAAGAAAAAGUGUGUUAUAUUUGGGAUGAGGAUUUAAUUGAUCAGUGUAAUCGCUUGCCUGCUGUAUGUGGAAGAGCAAGUAUGGUACAUGAUCUCAUUGUAUCUUAUGAUCUCAAUAAACAUAUGAAAGUUAUUCGUUCAUCUGCUGCCACUUAUGAAGAUCUGAAAAAGUUUCACUCUGAGUUGUACAUUGACUAUCUAAAGUCACUCGUUGAUAUUGAUGAAGAUUAUAUGCCUAAUGCAGUAGAUGAGGAAUAUGGAAUAGGAUAUGAUUGUCCUCCUGUGUCUAAUAUGUACGAGUUAGUAUCAGUGAUUGCUGGAGGCUCCGUAACUGCAGCAAAAAGCCUAGUAAUUGGGGCUGCCGAGGUUGCCAUAAACUGGUGUGGCGGAUGGCACCAUGCUCAGCGAUCUGCUGCUGAUGGUUUUUGUUAUGUCAAUGAUAUUGUAUUAGCUAUUGAAACUUUGAAAUCUAAAUAUCCUAAGGUGUUGUAUAUUGAUCUUGAUGUACAUCAUGGCAAUGGUGUACAAGAUGCAUAUUGUCUAAAUAAGAAUGUGCUAACUCUCUCAUUCCACAAGUUGGAGCCAGGAUUUUACCCAGGGACUGGGAACAUUGAUGACAUUGGCUCGUUGACUGGCAAGGGAUACUCAUGCAAUUUUCCCUUCAGUGCUUGGUACUCCAAUGACACCAUUGAAUAUGUUUUCCAAAAUGUGUUCUCAUCAGUGUUUGACAAGUUUUUGCCCGACGCGGUGGUGGUGCAGUGCGGCGCGGACGCACUAGCGCGCGACCCGCAGGGCGGCGGCAAUCUGACCGCGCGCGGGUACUGCGCGUGCGUCACUGCUGUGCUGGACAAGCGAAAACCGACUCUAUUAUUAGGUGGAGGGGGAUACAAUUAUGCAAACGCUGCGCGUGUCUGGACUUCGAUCACCGCCCUCGUAGUUGGAGAGACGUUAGAUGAAAACAUUCCUGAACACAGCCAUUGGACCAAAUACGGACCGGACUAUAUGUUGGCGGUGGAACCCAUGUUAGCUAGAGAUACAAACAAAAAAAAUCAUCUUGAUAAGUGCAUUGCUGAAAUAAGAGAUAAUUUGCAAAAAUAUGUAAAACCAAGUAAAUUCCAAGAACGGAUGCUGAAGAGAAAGAUCGACACUGGCGCUCAUCAUGAACAGAAUGACGAAAAGAGCUGUGAUAAUGUUAAUCUGAAUAGUAAAUCGAUAAGCAAAGAUAAAGAUAGUGCUAAAUUACCAAAAACUGUUUCCUCUGAUGUGUAUGAUUUUAUAGACUGAUGUAGUUAUAGGAAUUUAAUUAUAUGUUUCAUUUGUUA